GCGAUAACGCAAGUAAUCUGAAUAUAAUGCGAGCGUAAGCAGCAACUUAUCAAUAAAAUAGCAAUUUAUAAUAUUGAGACAUUCAUUUACUUGCAUAUCAUAAUUAGUGCUAAAAAGACGUUGUGUUCAAUAAAAAACUGUUUUUUUUUAUGAUAGUAAGAAACGUGCAGACAACCGGUUUUAUUGGGAAUUAGAAUGACGGAAAGAGUAAUAAAGCGGCAUAUAAAUGACCAGACGAAAGAAAAAGUCGAUAGGGAUUCAACAGAAGCCGAUAAAGGUCCCAAAUAUUGGGAUCCUCUGACAGAUGGCGUCAAAUGGAUAGAAAAACAUGCUGAAUCCUUGGAGAAUUUCUUCAAGAGGCUGCCAGAAUUUAUUAGCACCUUCAUUGCUACAUUUGCUGUGUUCACUUUCGGUGCUACUUUAAGAGGAGAAUGGGUGGUAAUCUUAGUGACUGCGCUGAAGCAGAUCACAGGGCACACGCAGAGCGAGCGCAACAUGACCACCGAAGAAAUAUUUGACAUGUUCACUUCACAAAACCUAAAGAUGGAAAAUUUUGGAAUCAUAUUCAUCUUUGCGCACGUCGUGUCCUUCUCCGUUUACUUUUUGUUGGGAGGAUUUCUUCAUUGGUACUUCUACAUGCAGAGGAAGCACUUGGCUCAUGAGUGGAAGAUCCAGCCCACCAAGUGGCUGAGCCCCGAGCUGGAGCGGCACGAGAUCAUGGUGGGCACCUUCUCUCUGCUCGUCACCGGCUCCUUUUCCGCCUUCCUGGCCUGCUACAUCUACAAUGAGAACCCAUCCACAGUCUACUAUCAGUUCGACGAGUACGGCUGGCUGUGGUUCUUCCUGCAGUUUCCAGUCAUCUUCAUCUAUAUGGACUACACGACAUAUAUCCUGCACCGGUUGUACCACACGCCGUGGCUGUACAAGCACUUCCACAAGCUGCACCACAAGUACAAGCAGCCGACCGCCUUCUCCGUCACCGCCAUACACCCCUUCGAGAUCAUGCACGUGCAACUCACCUCCUGUUUGCCGCUCUUCAUCUUCCCUGUGCACUGGAUGCCGUUCUACCUGGUGGCGCUGUACAACUACUACCAUGGCAUCAUUGACCACUCCGGUAUCAACUUCAAGUCGCAGUGGUGGCAACCGUGGCAGCCGGACGCCGAAUUCCACGACCAGCACCACCAGUUCUUCCACUGCAACUUUGGAUUCAAUAUGUCCUUUUGGGAUAAGCUGCACGGUACAAUGAGGAAAACAAACCAUGUGUACACUGAAGAGACAUUCCACGGCGAGGCGCCCGCCGCCAACACUGCGGAGGGCCGCGCCAUCGCCGCCACAGACCCCGACGCGCUGAGCCAGCUGCAGCAAAGCAAAUCGAGUCUCAACGCCAGCUAAGCACUACAGUGUUUUUGCAGGAGUUAUGGAAAUAAAAAAGAAAUGUAAAUAAAUCGAAAAAUUAUACUGUGAUGUGUUAACUAUUGGUGUGAUGCGUAUUUAAUAUUUUAAGGUCCUGUUUCACAAUGAUCAAGUAUGUUCUGAGUAAGCGACUUGGAUCAUUUUUGUCAAAUAAAAUCGUCGUUGGCGUUUCAUCAUCUCACAAUAAUCUCUAAACGUAAAUUAUUUUGACGAGAAAUUAUAAAUAUUUUGUCAAUUUUCAUUAUUUUAUUUGUUAUUUAUCAAGCAAUUUACUAGGACAUUGUGGA